AUAACAGCAGGUCAAAGGUCAACACGCACGGCAUCAAAGCGUGUCAACAUCUUAAUUGUCUGCUGUUUGGACAACUUCCGGGUUGAGCGAGACAGCCGCGCGGGUGAACAAAGCCCCAAAACACGUCCUUCCACGCAACGUCAUCAUCUUUGUGUGCCACGUUGGCGGGAAAUACGCCGCCCUGAUCUGGGGUCAGAUUUAUCCCACAUCAGUCACGCGCGUAGUGCGCGAGCCGGCUGGUCUCAAGUCAGCAAGUGUUUGCACCACCGGGGGGAGACACACAAACGUUUGUUGUGCGGGUUAAAACGUAAUUAAAAAUAAUUAAAUUGUAUCCGUAAAGUAUUUUAUUUUAUAAAGUUCUUAAACUAAUAUAACCGCAGUGUGUCGUUUCGGCCACGGGGUGUCGCUGUUCGCGCAAAGACGGCCACAAAGAGGGCGAGGCCAUGUGGCCAGUGGGCGGGGUUAUGCAAAUGAGGGCGGGUCUGAGGCUCUGAAGACUUCAUUGUGGAUCCAACAGAACCAUCAGAACUCUGCAACAACAAAACCAUGACGCUUGAGGAGAAUAGUGGAGAACACGCGUCUGAAAGGAUGGAGUCUGUGGCUCAAGCCUUGGAGGAGGUUCUGAGUGAUGCCUUACCUCAAGGUUGCAUCACUGUCGGCGUCUACGAGGCCGCCAAGUCUCUCCAUGCAGAUUCCGACAACGUGGUUCUGUGCGUGCUGGCUUCUGACGACGGCGACCAGCAGGACGUGGCCCUGCAGAUCCACUUCACGCUCAUCCGCGCCUUCUGCUGCGACAACCACAUCGACAUCGUGCACGUCGCCAACACCCGGCGUCUGGCCGAGCUGGUGGGAGGAGCCAAGGCCGCGGGGGAGCCGCUGGACCCGCACUGUGUUCUGGUCACGAACCCGCAGACCUGGUCCUGGAAGAGCUCGGCGCUUGGGAAGCUCCAAAGGUUCUGCAGGGACAGCCGGCGCUGGGACCAGUGGGUUCCGAUGGUCCACCUGCCGGACCGAUGAAGUCCGCCCCGCUUGUAAAAGUGUGCAGUGUUGACCUCGGGGUCUUUGGAAGGGAAGCAGCAAGCUGGACCGGGUCAGACUCGGCAGUCUGGCUCCCGGGUUCCUAGACGGGAACCAGGUGGGCGGUCCGAGACCUUUGUGACCAUGACGACGAGGAAGGUUGUUUUAGUCGCCGUUGGAGCUCACUGGACUUCCUGUCGCGAGUCAACAAGUUCUGGUUCCGGAUGGUUCACUCUUGGCUGUUAACAGAUAAAAAAGGGAAUCAAUAAAAAAGUGGUUAGCUCUUUACACGCAGUCAACCAACAUGUUGUCAUGGUAACAAGGAGGACACAAGCAAUAAACUUCCAUUCAGGAUCUCAUCUUUUGGCCCGUGCCAAAUAUGUCUGUGUGUUAACGCUUGGUCCAAGGGCCAUGUUGAAACUGAUGCUUUUUCUUCAAGACCUUUUGAGGUCUUCCAAAAGUCUCCAUACACUUAUAGGAGAUGAUGAAUUGCCAACAAAGUUUUCCUACGCCAUAAGAUGUGGGCGUGGCAUGGCACCAAACUUCGCUCCGUUUAUUAUUGGCCAUUUUUCGGCUAAGAAAAAGGGUUUCACUCCAACCUGCUGCCUUUCUCCCCUUUGCUGAUUUUACUGUGUGAGUGGAUUCUAUUUUUUUAAACCCUGUUUGAAAUUUCUGAUCAAUUGUGAGGGCACCAAAGGGACAUCUGCUUGUUGGCAGAGCAGCACAUAUCAGACUGUAGGGCUGGCAAUCUUUGGGCACCACAAUAUUCCACUUGAUUCGAUACAGAAUUGAUUUAAAAUCUAUACUUUUUAAUAACAUUGGGUGCUCGUUCUAUGAUUAACUACAUUCCUGAUGGAUAGCUCUGAUACACUUAAAAGAAAACUGCUUUUGUUGAAUAAAAUGCUUCCAAAACAUUUAAUAAAGUCAAAUACAAAUAAGGCAACAAGAGAAGUAAGUCUUUUCUAAAGUAAAUGUGUACAACAGAUAUAGAUCAUCUACAUCUACUAUAUGAUGUGUCUGAGUGGCUGGACAGCAGAAAUUUAAUUAAAAAAAUAUAUAUACAAAAAUAAAAAUGUUAUAUAUAUAUAUAUAUUUUAUUUUUUCCCCAAAUCAAUUAAGAAUUGUUACAAACAAGAAUUUACUUGAAAACCCAUUUUUUUCUUCCUGCAGGACAGUUCAGAUUGUCGUUGU